AUGUUGAGAGGGUAUUCAGUCUGUUGAUCUUUCGAAGAUCAGAUGCAGUGCUGAAGAUAAGAAGAAAUCAGGAAUUGACAAGGAGAAUAAGCUCAGUGAUGUCUAUCGGAACAAAUAUAGGAUUCCAUUGAAUCGUGAGAUUCUGAAGGAUCAUGGAGUGUUCUUCCCAAGAGCUCUUUCUGAUGAGCUUCUUUUCGAACUCAGGCUUCCACCUGCCAGCAAUGUUGUGAUAGGAUCUGACGAGACUCAGCUCGCCUAUGAAUUGAAUAACAUACAGCUUUAGUAUGACGUCAUUCACAGUCAAGAACCCGCUGAUGAGGCCUUGUCCAACUGAAAAAAUGGAAAGAGAUUCAUGUACGUGUACGUAACUCAUCUCAAGACAGUCCUAGUAGAUAAGGGAUCAGAAACGAUCAUCAAUAAGAGCAUCGGUGUUUCAGGGAGGUCAAUGAAGGGACUUCUUUUAUAUGAGCCAUAUGUCGCUGGUGUUAAGGACAGAGAGAAAACAUUUAAUCCCGAAAUCACUGAAGUGAAAGUGAUCGUCAAUGGAAUCCCAAUUAAGGUUUACAGUCAAGGAAUGGAGACAAUAGAUAGGUGGGAAGAGCUCUUUAGAAGAUUUGAAGAGGAAAACAGCGCGAUAAAUGCAACAGACUUUUAUGCUGGAGACAGAUUCGCUCUUUUCAUCGAUCUCAGGAGUAUGAGAGACAGUGCUGUUAGUGGAAGUGGAUUGAGAUUGGUGAAUACGAAAGAAGGAGUUCAGCUAGUAAUUAACGGGAAAGCGUCAGGCUCAGGGAAUUUACAAUGUGACAUCUUUAUCCUCUCAGAUGUCAGCUCAACGUCAUUAACCGUAAGCUUGAAAGCGUACGCGUGA